AGGAAAUAGUGCAAAACUUCCUCCUGUUAACAUCCUAUUUGAGGAGUUAACUAUGGAGGGGUCACUAAAGAAGGAUGCUGACGGAAAAUAUCAGCUCCGCUCAGACCCUUCCAAAGCUCUUUUUCGAAAACUACCUGAUAGUCACAAGCUCGGGCGUUUUUAUUCAACCAGCGACACUAAAAUUUGCACGGAACUGUCGAUCCUGAGGCAAACCUACGAAAUUAUAGCCGGCUGCCCUAAAAAGGGGGCCACACAAGGGAAAGUGGUGAAGCGACUUAACUUGCGCAGGAAACACGUGGCACGCAUUUUUCAAGAAUUACUUUCCAAGUAUGGAGUCAAAAAAGUUUUUCAUUCUGUAGGGAAAACGAGUGAGUAUCGCUACUUUAUCAACCAGUCUUUUGUGGUCCCUCCACAGCAUUGUGCGCCUCCUCAAAGGCAAUUGCCUGCUCUUCAAGAGACUGACCUUGACUUUCUAGUCAAAGUAAGCUCCUUGCGCUCGUCUCGUUGCACUCGCUGCAAUGAUAUACUGGAGGACUGCCAGAAAGGCUACUGUGUCUGUUUUGAUUGCGACUUUGCCACUUGCAUCCGUUGCAACGAGUACUUUGUGGCCUGCCGUCUGCAUGAUAUGGACCACCUCGUCCUUGUAACUGACAACUUUCUUUCACAAGUGGAGGCAAACCAUCGCAUUUCGCAGGAGCAUCGGGAGAAAUGUGAUCAAAUACUAUACGUGCUUUCCGUCAACCACGUGUUGGAAGUCACUAAGGACUUGUACAAAUCGUCUUCUGCUGACCUUCAGAAAGUAAUAGUUUCUGAUUCGAAAACUCGGCGGCGACUCUUGAAGACGCUGUGCAUGGAGAAACUUGUAAGGCUCAUUCGCGUCUCCGUUGCUUUGUUGGAUGGGCACUUUAAAGUUUGGACGCUUCUGCUCGAGCCCGGCUUAUCAAUGAAAAGUGAAAUUGUAAGAACGUAUGUCCGGUCCUUAAAGGGCCAAUAUCUUUUUCCUUUGAGCCACUCGCACGAAGGAGAAAAAAGUGCGGAAAAGCUUUGGGGAGCAGAGGUUUCUACUAGCACGCAUUCGGCAAACCCAGCCAGUUCGACGCACAUACGUAUGCGGUAUGGCUGGAUCCCGGCGCGAUAUCAGAGAUGUAGACUGCUUCACUUAUAUUUGUGGAAGCUUUGUUUCUAUUCAAACAAAGAGAGGACCGCUGAAAUAGGUGAGGUGGUCAUUGAUGACGAUCAACUGAAUGACAACACGCUGAUGACCUCCGUCAUCCUGGAAAACAUGCCGCUGAGCUUAUUUCUUCAAGUGUUGGGCCUCGAUCAUCCUUCUCAGCCAGUGCAGACGUGCCUCUCCUCGCCGGAGUGCGCUGCCUGCCCACUAAAACAGCUUCCCCCCCUUGUGUGUCGAGAUUUGCUGGCAGGAAGAGGGUACGGGCCACGUUUCCACGCUACGACUACAUGGCUAUCCAAGCUCCGGUUGGUUGAAUGCAAGGACUUCUCUACAUUAAAAGUUAUCACGGCGGCCACUCUCAGCCUUCACUCUUCCAAAAGUGCUGCUCUUGAGGUUUGCCGGUAUAAGUUUGACCGCUCUUCAGCGGUGAAGAAGUGGUGGGACGAUCUGGAGGCCGCCGUGAACUUCACACAAAAUUUCCCCGUAGCCGGCUUUGACCAGUCACUUGGCCUGAACCUCAUGCGUUACUGGAAGGCUGUUUGGACGCCAAGCAAGGAAGAGGCCAACGUGUUGGAAGCCCAUUACUCUGCAGUCGACGGUCUUCUGAGCCACCUCGACUUUGAGCAAAUAGCACUGGAACUGGGCACCAGUGAAUUGAAUAUCCGGAGAUACUUCUUGAGCAAGUCUGCGCGCCAGUUCAGGGCUUUACCCAAGUCCAAAAUUGAAACCUUUGUCCGUCCGAGGAAAAGGAUCGCGCGCACCAGCAAGGCUUCUGGUCUGAGUGAGAAGCUAGCAAGAGAGAAGAAGAGCGAAGAAGGGCUCUCGCACUCUUCUUUUCACAGGCGCUCGUUCUAUACGUGGACGGUCCAGCAGGACAAUUUUUUUAUACUGUGUUAUAUUUCCAGUUGCAUCCGCCAUAAAUCUCUUAAAAUGAACCGUCAACGUUACAAAGACCUCGCAGCGGCCGUCAAUAAACACUUUGAAGGUGAAGAACCCAAAGACAUCCGGGCCUUCCGAUCGCGUCUUUCCGUCCUUCUCAGGUCCAGUGAGUUACAAUUGAGCGUCAUGGGCGCGUACCAUGCCGUUCUCAACGCCCAACAGGAAGUCUUGCAUGAGUACGAUUCGUCCAGCUUCGACUGGGAAAAGGCUGUCGGUGCUUUAGAAGACGCACUGUGUCGGCUUCUGUCUCCCUGCCACUUCGGCGACUUUCCGGUCACCGAGGAGGAGUUAAAAACGGGCUUUUCUCUCCUAAAACUCGAUUCAACCACCCCCUUUAGUGGUCUUGAAAGUUUUAACGACCGUGAUUGGCCGUCCAGCCCCUCCAGUCUUCUCACUUUUCAUGUAACCGAGCUAGUGCUGAUAUUACUUUUUUGCGGAGUGCCGAAACUUAAAGGUGUAGGAACGCUCAUAUUUAAAGAUUACCACCACCUUUUGGAGCCGGUCAUUCGUGAUCUCAUUAAUAAAAGAGUAAUAAAAAAAAGUAAAAGUACCCUGCUACUGCCUUGGCCAUUAUUACCAGGACACCAAGUUCGAACACAACUACUCGAUCCCUUGAAGACGGAAAUCUUUGAGAAUUACUUUGAGGCUUACGAAAAGUUUAAAACAGAAAUUCUUCAUAAUAAAAGCGUUGCUCUUUCCGAGGAGACGGCACCGCAGCUUUUUCUUGUUGUUCUUGACUGCACGGCUGCUGGACUGGCUGCAUUGGACCUUUCGGAGCCUGCCGCGCCCUUCGUUGACUCCUUUGACGAUGCCGACGUGUACUCCUUUGUGGAAGCGUGCUCGGUUUCCUUGUCUCUUCUGCAGGAUAACGACAGCAUUUUUGCCGCCAACUUACUCGCAACAGAUGAAGAGCCUCUGCCUAAAAGAAAGAAACCGCGUGUCGACCUCGACGAAUGCUGCAUUGAGGUCAAUUCUGGGAGAAGUGACGCUUUGCUUAAGCAUCUUUUCGAUACUAUCGAGGCAAGUAGGGAGUUCGGGAUCACCCUCGCGCAACUGCAGCAAUCCGUGAGGAUUCCAACGCUCCUUGAAGAUCUCAACUUUCUUGUUGAAGAAUGCUUAGUUUACAAAGUCGGCCGUAAUGUUUAUCGCUAUAUUACUUUUAAGCACGUGCGGCCAUGGGCCCUCUAUAAAACAUCUCUGUGUUCUCGUGCCGACAAUUCACUAGACGGAUCCCAAGAUGCCCAUCAGUUUUUCACGAGCGUCGAUGAAGCGCAGAAUUUACAGGUUGUUUGGGAGGAGCCAAUCGUAAGGAAGCCUUGGAUCGGCUUGGAUGGGAAAGUCAACCAGCGAGCCUGGAAAUCCUUGAGUCUGGCAGUCUUGAACAUAAUUAUAGAACGGCCUGGUAUUGAGGAGAAAGCCAUUGCCUUAAAAGUAAGCGCGCUGACGACUAUUCUCUCUCUAAAGACUCUGCUGGGCAUAUGGAGCUUCCGCGGAGCGCUUUACAAUAAACGCUAUUACGCUGUCCCCCCCCCAUCUCUUUUCUCGAGUCCUCCAGAUUUCUCCAACUUUUUCCUGCAAGCUGACCAAAUUCUCGACGAGGAAAAAGUUUCCGUAGCCUGGUUUCCCAGUGUAAACGUCCGUCUUGUAAUGGCGCAGUAUCUCCGCUAGAAUAGAGAAGGGCGAAGAACCGACAGUAAUAGAACACCAAAUAAUAGAUUAAGUAGAAUUAUGCAAAAAGAAAAUAGAUAGAAUAAAACUUGAGGGUUAGUAAAAGCUUCGUGGUAUAUAUACUAAAAAUUCGGAAGUGGAGAGCCAGUCAAAAUCAGUAUCACCA